AUGCUAAAGUCCGUCGAUCCGGAGAUCUUUCAGCUGUGUCAACAGGAAAAGCAGCGUCAACUCACAUGUAUAGAGUUGAUUGCAUCUGAAAAUUUUGCUAGUGAGGCUGUCUUGACGGCACUUUCCUCAGCCUUUCACAACAAAUAUUCGGAGGGAGUUGUUGGAGCUAGAUACUAUGGCGGCGUUGAUGUUGUUGAUGCAAUGGAAUCUCUCUGCAUUGAACGAGCGUUGAAAUUAUUUAAACUCUCGCCCGAGGACUGGGGUGUUAAUGUUCAGCCAUACAGUGGCUCUCCAGCAAAUAUGGCUGUUUAUACAGGCUUGGUUGGCCCACAUGGUCGUAUUAUGGGUCUCAACCUUCCUGACGGCGGCCAUCUCACCCAUGGCUUCUACGCACCAAGUGGGAAAAAGAUUUCGGCUUCCUCUUUGUAUUUCGAAUCGAUGCCCUAUUGUGUGGAUAAGGCAACUGGUCUCAUUGAUUUCGAGACUCUCGCGGCCAACGCCAAAUUGUUCCGCCCAAAAAUGAUAGUUGUCGGAGCCAGUGCCUACCCACGUCAAAUGGAUUACGCUAGAUUCCGCCAGAUUGCAGACUCUGUUGGAGCCAUCAUGAUGGUUGAUAUGGCACAUAUCAGUGGCCUUAUCUCAAGCGGUCUACAUCCAUCUCCUUUUGAAUACGCUGAUAUAGUCACCACAACCACCCAUAAAACCCUUCGAGCUGCUCGUGGCGCCAUGAUCUUCUUCCGUAAGCGCAAAGCUGCUCCAACUAAGAAAGGUGCCAAGUCUGUAACCACUGGCUUUGUGAAUGGAGAUGGGCCUGUCUACGUGUCAACAGAAUAUGAACAGCGCAUCAACGAGGCCGUCUUUCCUGGGCUCCAGGGUGGUCCACACAACAACAAUAUAGCGGGAAUCGCUGUCGGUCUGCAUGAGGCCCUUCAACCGGAAUUUACUGAAUAUAUCCACAAGGUUGUCGCCAACAGCAAGCACCUUGCUACCAAGCUCCAGGAGAUGGGCUACACGAUUACUACUGGUGGGACCGACACCCACCUCUUCUUGGUUGAUUUUCGUCCUCUCAAAAUGGAUGGUGUUCGAGUGUCCACGGUGCUGGAGAGCAUAGGUAUCACCGUAAACAAAAACACAGUCCCCGGGGACGUAAGUGCUUUCCGUCCGAGUGGGAUUCGUCUCGGUACCCCAGCCGUCACCACUCGCGGUUUCGGCCUGACUGACAUGGACCGUAUCGCUUCGUUCAUUCAUGCUGGAGUGCAGAUUGCGCUUAAAGUUGCUGGUGGACUCGACACCAACUCGAUCAAAGACUUCGAGGUGAGGCGACAGUUGAAGUUAGGGCGUAAACUAAAGUCAAGAAUAAUUCAGGCUGCCACCCCUCACCACAAACAUGACUGUUCAGAUUACUAUUUUAUUCGUUAG